CGUCCAAAAGGCUCAUCUCUUUCUUCUAGUUUUCGCAGGAUAACUCCGACCUCUCUUCUUCCUGCGGCGGGAACGGAGAAGCGCCCGAGAAACUCUAACCGUAAGUAACUCCGCUCGAGCUCUAGCCAUGGCGAACUACGACCUCACCUCCCGGAUCGCUCCUCAACUCGACCGCCACCUCGUCUUCCCCCUUCUGGAGUUCCUCCAGGAGCACCAGCUCUACGCCGAGGACGAGAUCCUCAAGGCCAAGAUCGAGCUCCUCAGCCAGACCAACAUGAUCGACUACGCCAUGGACAUCCACAAGACCCUCUACCACACUGAAGAGGUCCCCCAAGAGAUGGUGGAUAGGAGGGUCCAGGUUGUCGCGAGGUUGAAGUCUCUUGAGGAAUCGGCGGCGCCGCUGAUCUCUUUUCUUCAGAACGCUUCCUUGGUUCAGGAGCUGAGGCCCGAUAAACAAUACAACAUCCAGAUGCUCAAUGAUCGGUUUCAGAUUGGUGCUGAUCAUAUAGAGGCUUUAUAUCAAUAUGCUAAGUUUCAAUUUGAGUGCGGGAACUACUCUGAUGCUGCUGUCUACUUGUAUCAAUAUCGUGCUUUGUGCACUAACAGUGACAGAAGUUUGAGUGCUUUGUGGGGCAAGCUAGCGGCAGAGAUUUUAAUGCAGAAUUGGGAUAUUGCACUCGAGGAACUUAAUCGACUCAAGGAGAUUAUAGAUUCCAAGAAUUUUGCUUCACCUUUAAAUCAACUGCAGAAUAGGAUAUGGCUGAUGCACUGGAGCCUUUUCAUCUUCUUUAACCAUGAAAACGGGAGAAAUGGAAUCAUUGAUCUUUUCUUCCAAGACAGGUAUUUGAAUGCUAUUCAAACAAAUGCACAUCACCUCUUACGUUAUGUUGCAACUGCUGUCAUUAUCAAUAAAAGGAGAAGAAAUAUGCUUAAGGAGUUGAUCAAAGUCAUCCAGCAGGAACAGCACUGUUACAGGGAUCCUAUUACAGAAUUUUUAGAAUACUUAUAUGUCAAUUACGAUUUUGAAGGUGCACAGAAGAAGCUCACGGAGUGUGAGCAAGUAAUACUGAAUGAUCCCUUUCUUGGAAAACAUGUUGAAGAUGGUAACCUUACCACUGUACAUCUAAGGGAUGAGUUUCUUGAAAAUGCCCGUCUCUUCAUUUUUGAAAGUUACUGCCGCAUACAUCAGUGCAUUGACAUCAGCAUGCUUGCUGAGAAGUUGAACAUGAGUUAUGACGAGGCAGAAAUGUGGAUAAUGAAUCUUGUUCAAAACUCAAAGCUUGAGGCGAAGAUUGAUUCAGCAUCAGGGACUGUUAUCAUGCGAACCAAUCAUCUUAAUGUAUAUGAACAGAUCAUUGAAAACAUGAAGAACCUUAAUGUGCGGACAUAUGUUUUGGCAAAGAACAUUCUGGAACCCGCACAAGCUGCUGCUCGCUAGAAGCAAAAGAAUUUUACCACAUAUAAGAGAAAGAUUCAUGCAGUUUUUAGUGUAGUAUCUAGAUGGGAGCAUGAUUUUCUCUUUUUUUUUAUGAUUUUGUUACAGAGCUAGAGCUUUCUAUUCCUCCAGAAGAUUUUUGACCUCGCUGUGGUUUUCUAUAUGUUGAGAUUGUUUCAGUACCUUACAACCUAAUGUUCUUUUGUUUGCUUUUUUUUGUCUCCUGAAAUGUAUGGACAUCUAUUUUGCUUAAUUAACUGACACAUGCCCUCCAUCA